UCCAAUUGACCGCAUUGAAAAAUUCUCCAGGGAGGCACUGACCUCACAGGGAGAGUGGGAGCUUGUUAAAAUAGAAACCUAUUUUGCAGACAAUAUGAUGGACUUGGUGACUUUUAAUAUCAUUGUCAAGAGACGGCCUGUCCUGUAUGUAGUGAACCUACUGAUUCCUAGUGCAUUCCUAAUGCUGAUAGAUGUCCUGAGCUUUAACCUUCCCCCACAUACAGUGGAUAGAGCUUCCUUCAAGAUGACCCUUCUUCUGGGAUACACAGUCUUCCUGCUCAUCCUCAAUGACCUACUUCCUGCCACUUCCAGUGGGACCCCUCUUAUCGGUAUCUAUUUCUCUCUUUGUCUAGCACUGUUGGUUAUCGGCCUUCUAGAGACUGUUUUUGUGAUGAAUAUUUUGCACAGAGGAUCCUCACAGUGCCCUGCUGUGCCCAUAUGGGCACGGACCCUGGUCCUACAUUACCUUGCCAGCCUAGUGUGUUACAAGAAGCUUGAUCAAAUGGAACCUGAAUCCCUGAACAAUUCAUUUAUUACUGAGGUAACAACUAAUGGAAAGAAUGUAAACCUACAGUCCUCAAAUGUGGACCCUGCUAUAGGAGGAUUUCAGACCCAGCUUUUCCUGAGGAACAUCAGUAGUGACCUACAGUCCAUGAGAAGGUUGAUGGAGGGAUACUUUGAACAGCAGGAAAUAGCAGAAGAAUGGUUGCGCAUUGGCCUAAUCCUGGAUGCUCUGGUCUACCGAAUGUAUCUUCUCUUCAUGAUGGUUUAUGCAGUGAUAUUGGCAGCUACUUGGGGAACCUGGUACCAUGUGUAGAUUCACUUAAUG